CUGCUCCACGUGUGUCGUCACUGCGAAAAAAAACCUUGUGCCUUUGUCGGUGCUGGGUUUAUGCAUAGCUGUUCCCGCUGCUGCCGUCGUUAGGAGCUGCUAUCCAUUAAAUCAACCGAUCUUCACCACCUCUUCCCGGAUUUCGGACGCCUUUGUGUCAUCCGUUUUCAGAAUAAGCCAUGCCAGCAGUUCCUUCAUCCAAAGAGCCGGCCAACUUGGCUACCAUUUGUCCUCAUGCUGCCAACCUGCAAAACCACUCCAAUGGAGAGGGCUCGUUGCCACUUAAAGGUAUGGACAAGAUCUCCAGAACAAAGGACGCAGAGGAGGACACAGAGGGAGCAGUUCAGAUCAACAGAAAGAGCAGCUCUCCUGAGAGGAAAUGGAUCCGUCCAGACCUUCCUAGCCGCUGCACAUGGACCCUGGGAGCUUCAAAAUCGGAGUCUCCUCAUUCUCAAAUUCCCAGAAAAACACUUCAGCCCAUUCUCCCAAACAUCCUGCACAGGAUCGGUGACACUCCCCUGGUGCGCGUCAACAAAAUCCCUAAAGCCUUUGGCCUCAAAUGUGAAUUACUUGCCAAGUGUGAGUUCUUCAACGCUGGUGGCAGUGUCAAAGACAGGAUCAGCUUGAGGAUGGUGGAGGAUGCGGAGAGAUCUGGCCUCCUCAAGCCUGGAGACACCAUCAUCGAGCCCACCUCUGGAAACACCGGAAUCGGCCUGGCCCUGGCUGCUGCAGUGAAAGGCUACCGCUGUAUCAUUGUCAUGCCAGAGAAAAUGAGCAUGGAGAAGGUGGAUGUCCUGAGAGCCCUCGGUGCUGAAAUUGUCCGUACUCCUACCAGUGCUCGCUUUGAUUCGCCUGAGUCUCAUGUGGGUGUUGCCUGGCGUCUCAAGAAUGAGAUCCCAAACUCGCACAUUCUGGACCAGUACCGCAACCCAAGCAAUCCUUUGGCUCACUAUGAAACCACAGCUGAAGAGAUCCUAGAGCAGUGUGGAGGUAAAUUGGACAUGCUGGUGGCAGGAGCAGGCACAGGAGGGACAAUCUCUGGUAUUGCCCGCAAACUGAAAGAAAAAUGCCCCAAUGUCAAAAUUGUGGGUGUUGACCCCGAAGGCUCCAUCCUUGCUGAGCCAGAGCAACUUAAUAAGACGGAUAAAACCCAGUAUGAGGUGGAGGGCAUCGGAUAUGACUUCAUCCCCACUGUGUUGGACAGAUCAGUGAUUGAUACCUGGUACAAGUCAAAUGACGAGGACUCUUUCAACAUGUCCCGAAUGCUGAUUAGAGACGAGGGCCUGCUGUGCGGAGGCAGCUCUGGUUCUGCCAUGGCUGCUGCAGUCAACGCAGCUAAAGAGCUCAAGGAAGGUCAGCGCUGUGUGGUCAUCCUGCCAGAUUCCAUUCGUAAUUACAUGUCCAAGUUCCUCAGUGACAAGUGGAUGGUGGAUAAAGGGUUCCUGAGAGAGGAGGACCUCAUGAUAAAGAAACCAUGGUGGUGGAACAUAAAGCUUCAGGGUUUGAACCUGUGCGCUCCGCUCACAGUCCUGCCCACAGUUUCCUGUCAGAAGACAAUCAAAAUCCUCAAGGAAAAUGGCUUUGACCAGGCCCCUGUGGUGGAUGAGGCUGGGUUAAUCCUGGGCAUGGUGACUUUGGGCAACAUGCUAGCAUCCAUUUUGGCAGGAAAGAUUGGGCUAUCAGACCCAGUGAGCAAAGUCCUCUACAAGCAGUUCAAACAAAUCCGUCUGACUGAUAAUUUAGGGAAGCUCUCCCGCAUUCUGGAAACUGACCACUUUGCCCUUGUUGUGCAUGAACAGAUCCAGUACUUGCAGGACGGCUCCGCCAGUCUGAGGGCGAUGGUCUUUGGUGUGGUGACAGCCGUAGAUCUGCUCAACUUUGUCACAGGGCGAGAAAGGAAGCAAUCCAUGUCAGAAUCACAGGAAGACCAGUGAAUGUCAGAUCACAUACAUUUCUUUUAAACCACUAAAACAGCAAUAAUGUUGGGUUUAGCAAAAAUUUUGCCAAAUCAGCUUUCUGUUAACUUUAACGAGUUAGUUAGUUUGCUCAUUGAUAUGUCAGGUUUAGUAUAGCAGUCUAAAAGAUGCCAUUUGUAUCUUUUAUUAUUUCUAGAACAUGUAUGUCAUGGGUAUGGUAUAACUGAAGUCUUACUAAAAACAGUAGUCUUCAGUAGUAUAAAGUCUAAAAACAGAUAAUAUUACUUUUUACCUGGUGAUUUCAUUUACCAUAUUGCAUUUAGUGCAGGAAUUAAUAAUCUUUAAAUUUGUAAUUUUGUUUACUAUUAAAGGUCUACUAAGGGUCUUACAAUGCCUUUUUGUUUUUCUGUCUUGUGUGUGUCUUUACCUGAUCUUAUUUCAGUAUCAUCAGAAACAAAAAAGAAAUUCAUGAAAGAUCUGUGAUUUCCUCUUAUUUGCCAUAAUUUGAAAGAGAAUUUUCUUUAUUUUUCCUUGAGCAAACUUUAAAUGAUGUGAUGCUUGGAAAGAAAUGAUGGUGCACAGAAAAAAAGAAAGCUGUGCAUGUAAAAUAAAGAAUUCAGUUUUGUAAAAUGUAAACAAAUAAUCAUGUACCCACCAUCUAAUGUAAUUAUGAAGUCAUGAUUAAAUCUUGCUUUUUCAUCAUUGUAUUGCUUUCAUGAAUGUGUAUGAUUAUAAACAAUAUAAAUAAAAUCAAUAACUUCU